AGUGAGUCAUUUUGGCGCCGUCAUUGUUCCGUCGUCCCACUUGUGAAGGAAGAGCCAGGCAGAAAGGCUCGAAAGGCACAGACAUGCUCCCGCUGUCAAACAAUUAUGUAUCCAGGACCCGAGAACUCGCCCCUCAACCACAAGAAGGGGUAUUGCGCAGAUGGUGUCAAGCAGUCCUCCAAGGCUGCCGGCGAGGAACUGCCUCCCUGGCCUCAGCCACGAGGAAUCUUCUCUGAGGGCCGAACAUUCCACCCUCACGUGUUCCUGUUGACGGUCCAGCGCGUCUACGAGCACGUCUUCAUGCAGGGACCAGGAGAGACGGACCUGCUCGAGACCGAAGCAUUUUCGAAGCUGCUGAUUUCAUGCACCGAGGUUCACGAGUCGGAUAACAUGGUGCUUUUUCAACUGUUCAAGGGUUUCGUCACUGACCCAACCACUCCCCGCGACCGGAUUGUCUCUCGCAACGGUGAGGAGUGGCUGAGGAUUAACUACCUGCAGCAGUAA